CUGUCAUAGGAAAAUAGUGGAGGGGGAAAACCAUCGCCUCUCCUUGCAGAGUUGCCUGGGACUCCAGCAGCCUAGGGAGUCCGACUGCAGCGCCUGCGCCGGCUCACUCUCCCAACGCCCCGCUGGCUUCGGGACGCCGUCUGCGCACGCUCAGAAGCCCCUCCUGCCCCGCCCCUCGGUCUAUGUUUGCGCGCAGGGCGCAGGCGCGAGGUUCCCGGCAGCCCUCGAGGAGCCGGCAGCGGGAGGCUGCUGUGGUCCGAGGUGUGGAGCGGCGGCAGGAUGGAGCCACUGAAGGUGGAAAAGUUCAGCACCACCGACAGGGGAAACGGGCUCCGCGCACUGGCGCCGCUGCGCCCGGGAGAGCUGCUCUUCCGCUCCGAUCCCCUGGCGUACACGGUGUGCAAGGGGAGUCGUGGACUCGUCUGCGACCGCUGCCUUCUCGGGAAGGAAAAGCUGAUGCGAUGCUCUCAGUGCCGAGUGGCCAAAUACUGCAGUGCCAAGUGCCAGAAAAAAGCUUGGCCGGACCACAAGCGGGAAUGCAAAUGCCUUAAAAGCUGCAAACCCAGACACCCUCCGGAUUCUGUCCGACUGCUGGGAAGAGUCGUUGUCAAACUUAUGGGAGAAACCCCCUCUGAAUCGGAGAAACUUUACUCAUUUUAUGAUCUGGAAUCAAACGUGAGCAAACUGACUGAAGAUAAGAAAGAGGGCAUCAGGCAACUUGCCGUGACAUUUCAACAUUUCAUGAGAGAAGAAGUACAGGACAUGUCUCAGCUGCCGCCUGCCUUCGACAUUUUCGAAGCCUUCGCAAAAGUACUCUGCAAUGCUUUCACCAUCUGUGAUGCGGAGAUGCAGGGAGUCGGUGUUGGCCUGUAUCCCAGUAUGUCAUUGCUCAAUCACAGCUGUGACCCCAACUGUACGGUUGUGUUCAACGGGCCCCACCUCCUACUGCGUGCUGUCCGAGACAUUGAAGCCGGAGAGGAGCUCACUAUCUGCUACCUGGACCUGCUGAUGACCAGCGAGGACCGCCGGAAGCACCUGAGGGGUCAGUACUGCUUCGACUGCGACUGUGUCCGAUGCCAAACCCAGGACAAGGAUGCUGAUAUGCUAACUGGCGAUGAGCAAGCAUGGAAAGAAGUUCGAGAAUCCUUGAAAAAAAUCGAAGAACUGAAGGCACAGUGGAAGUGGGAGCAGGUUCUGGCCAUGUGCCAGGCGAUCCUGAGUAGCAACGCCGAACGGCUCCCCGAUAUCAACAUCUACCAGCUGAAGGUGCUGGACUGCGCCAUGGACGCCUGCAUCCACCUGGGGCUGCUGGAGGAGGCCCUGUUCUACGGCCUCCGGACCAUGGAGCCGUACAGGAUCUUCUUCCCAGGAAGCCACCCCGUCAGAGGUGUGCAGGUAAUGAAAGUCGGCAAAUUGCAGCUGCACCAGGGCAUGUUUCCCCAGGCGAUGAAGAACCUGAGACUGGCAUUUGACAUCAUGAGAGUGACACAUGGCAGAGAGCACAGACUGAUGGAAGACCUGAUUCUGCUCUUAGAAGAAUGCGGCGCCAACAUCAGAGCCUCCUGAGGGAGCCCAGUGGGGGAAGGGUGGCUCGUACCCCGAUCGAACGCCUCACUGCGGCCGCACACCGGCGUCUUGUCUGCUGCGUGACCCUGCCCUGCUGGACAGAAGGCUCUGUUUGGGUAAACAAGGCAGGCGUUUGGUCUGCAAACCACAAGAACCAUUAGUUGUAGAGAAGCACGAUGAUAAUAAAUAUUAAAAACGUGGUUGAAAAUGCCAUCUGGUAAUCAUUUUCUUUGCUU